AUGAUGCCUAUAGACAAAUCUGCUGGUCUUGACGAACCAUUUGUAAGCCGCCUCAAGCUUGACAAACUGACCUGUCCUGUGUUCAAUGGCCUCAUCAGAACGCAUAAGCUGAAACCCGAUGAGAUGAACUCGACAUCAGCGAUACCAUCUCACUUGUCGAACAUGCACCAUUUCCUUGAACCAUUACGCAAUGCGAGAGUUGAGAGCAACUCUGUAAUAGAGUCCUUUGAUGUGACCCCACUCUACACGAAUGUAAAAAACAGUAAGGCGCUGCAAGCUCUUUCUGAGAUGACAGAUUUACAUGGUAACAACUUGGAAACAUAUGGGCUUAGUGAAACUCGCAUAAUAACACUUAUCAAGGAAUGCGUGAAUUGUAAUAUCUUCAGGUGGUCAGGAAAUUAUUUUGCAGAACUGAGAGGGCUAGCAAUGGGACAACGAUUAGCACCAUUACUCGCGAUCUGCUUCAUGAGCAUGUAUUCGAGAUAUAUUGAUGGCUGUUGCACCAUAACGUCAACAGAGUCCGAAAUGGACAAGUGUUUCCGAAUACUCAACCAACAAUCGCAAUACAUAAGACUCACACGAGAAACACUAAAAGAAGGAUGGCAUCCUUAUCUCAAGACACAAAUAAGUGCCUCAAAUGACAUUAUUAGAGUAAAAUGGUAUCGCAAAGAAAGGUUUAAGAAAAUCUUAUCGCACGCCAAAUCUGCACAUCCGAUUGCAGCGAAGCGCGCAGCGCUUCGUGAUAUGUUCAAAACCGCUAGUGAAGUUUGCAGUGACAACCAAGAACGACAGGAAAACUAG